CCGGGCACCGCCGCUCCUCCCCUCUCGCACGGCGCCGGCCGAGGCCCAGGCUUCCCCGCGGGCGCCAUGGAGCUGGGGCAGGUGCCGCUGGCUUUCUCCCGCCUGCCCAUGUUCCCCUUCUUCGACAUGGCGCACUACGUGGCCUCCGUCAUGGCGCUGAAGGAGCAGCGGGGAGCUGUGGAUGUGUCAGUCCGAAGUCCAGUUGCCUGCUGGUUUAGUGCUAUGCUGUGUUGCUUUGGUGGUUCUGUGUUGUCUUCCUUGAUGCUCGGAGAACCUCCAGUAGCAUUUUUGGCAAAGGGCACGAAUAUUCUUCUGGCAUCUUCAGUCUGGUAUCUUGUGUUUUACUGCCCACAAGACGUAUUCUGCCGGUGCUUUGCAUUUCUCCCGCUUCGGCUUCUAGUUGCAGGAAUGAAAGAAGUGACUAGGACUUGGAAAAUAGUGGCUGGCGUUGCACAUGCAGACAGUCACUUUGAAGAUGCCUGGCUUGUCAUGGUAGCUGUGGGCUGGGCCAGAGGAGCUGGUGGUGGCCUAAUCUCCAACUUUGAGCAGUUGGUGAGAGGAGUGUGGAAACCUGAAACCAAUGAACUACUGAAGAUGUCCUACCCAGUGAAGGUAACUUUGAUAGGAGCAGUUCUCUUCACUCUUCAGCACAGCCAAUACUUGCCAAUAGCAAGACACAACCUCAUGUUUUUGUACACCAUCUUUCUUGUAGUUUCCAAGGUAAAAAUGAUGUUGACAAGAUCUGCGACUUCUCCAUUUGCUCCCAUUGAGGCUGCAUUAGGCUAUGUAUUCUUCGGCUUGCAGAAAACUCCUCUCAAAGUGAAGAGCGAAGGUGCUACAUCUUCCAAUGGCUCUUCAGUCUGUGACCAGUCUUCCUCUGAACAGCCCCAUGAUGGUGUUAAGAAGAGACAGGCAAAGAAAACAGAAUAAGUGGCUUAAAAUCCCUGAUAACCUGCAAAGAUAUUUGUAUGUCAGAUUAAGCUGAUUGAGAAUUUUUUUUAAAGAAUAUUUUAUGAGGUGAGAGUAGGGCUGUGUAAUAUGGUGGUGUUACUUGCCUUCAGAAUGUGUUUUGUUUGCUUUUGGAAUGUGUUCAGAUGUUUGAAUGAACAUGUUGGAUUUGUAAGUGUAAAAGUACAAUUUUUUAUAGUGGUUGUAAGUUUACUGAAUUUUAUAUUUAUUAGUAGCUUUAAAUGCUUACAUGCUAAAAAGAGUUUCAAAAUGUGAUAAUCGGCUUUACUAUUUUUUCUGCUAUAUUACUUGUUUCAUUAUUUUUUUCUUGAUUCUCGUGUUUCAUUUGGAUAACAUGAACUUGAACUGCCAAGUGUUCACGGUCUCAAGUAAGAAAGGCUUUAGUUAGUCAUCACCUGAUUAAGGCUUAAUCACAUUGCACUGUAAAACCAUGAAAAUGUACCAAACAAAUGCCUUUAACUAGAGAAAUAAUGGAAUUACUGUUGUAAUUCACUUUGCACUGGUCUAGACUUUAUUCACUUACUUAAGUAAAUAUUUUUUGCAUUUUCCUAUUUGAAAAAUAAGAGUGGUUUACUAGUAUUUUUAAAAAUCUUUGCAGUUAGCAGAUAGAAACACCAAUAUUUUUGUUGUUGGCUUACUUUGACACUUUAUUUGCAAGCUUUUGAUAUUUGGAUAUUUUUAUGUUACAUAUGUGAUUUUUAUGUGGUUUGUAAUAUCUAUCAGUUUGACAGGGAUGAGACAUCUUUGCCUGCACUUCUAUCCAAGCAUAUUUUUUUUUUUCAAAGCCAAACUAUCAAACAUUUUCAAAAAGAAUACUGGACAGUCUAUUUACCUUGUUUAUCAUCAGUUCUGCUCUGUUGUAAAUGCUGUUAAUAAAUACCAAUGCUAGUUUCUAGCAGUUACCUCUGGUGCUAUUGGGGAAGAACAGUUAAUACCAGAAGCACUGAAACUACUUUAUUAGUGCUUGCUGAAAUUUGCUGCUUCUUUUUCAUGUGAUGUGAAGCAGUUGCAAGUCAUACACAGUUCAGAACUGGGAACUUUUAACAUUUCUGAGAUGUUAUAUUUUAUAAGACUCUAAUCUUUUCAGAGGAGUCUUUCAUUUGAUGUGCCAUUUUUUAGAAUGCAUUAAACUAUUUUUACAGAAUUAGAUUCUUUGGAAAGUACUACUUUGAAGAGUAUUCUUUAGCUAAAGGAGGUUGGUUAAUCUUUGCACAGGGACACCAAGGAGAAUGUGGAGGCAAGUGUGAUUUGAAAAGGCAAAGUUCUAAUUCCAGGUACAUAUCUCAAUUCAGAAGAACUGUCACCAGUACUGUACUUUAAAAAAAAAGCAUCCAAGAAAUUUCUUGUGUCCCCGUUGAGCCACAAUUUCUUGGUCGUGACCAAAUCCAUUGAGUUCAGUUUGGAAUUCAACUGUAUAGCAAAUGUGUGCUACCUUGAAAACUAAGCUGAGUAUUUACUUCAUUACAGAAGAAUAACAAAAAUAAACCUCCAGCUCUUUGAACAAAGUAGUAACUGUGUUCCUGCCGUUUUAUACGCAAACUCUGUGUCCAGUUUUAUAUAAGUGCUUGGAGUCACACUUGCAGGGUGUCUCAGGGUUUUGUAGCUUGGAUAAGCCUGAAGCUGUCAACUUUCUACUUAAUGAUCAACUUGUUUAUUCAGCAACACCAGCAAAAAUUGUAUGUUUACUGUUUUUAAAAUUUUGGGGUGUUUUUUUAAUCUAAUUGGAUUGUGGUAUGGAAUUAUGUUGCACAACUGUGAAAUACUGACUGAUGAAUGGCUACUCUUAUCCCAAAUAAAUGUGAAAA